UCAGUUCCCUGUGUCAAGGCAGUGCCCAACUAGCUGAGAUGUCAUUCCAGAAUCAAGGAGUAGAGAAGGGCCUGCCCUACGCAGAUCUCCUCCCCCAGGCCCGGUCCCCUCACAGGACGCCCCCUCCCAGCUCUUCCUGCCGGGUUUCCUCUCGCCUUUUCCUGUCCCCCACCCAGUGCUGGGAGCCGGGGCAGAGGCAAAGGCUGAACGGGAACAGCGGGGUCAGGAAGCAACCAGGGCCAACGGAGCCAGGGCCCCGGGGUGCUGUUGGGACCUGAAGCAGGGGCCAUGCUAUCUGGUGAACGGAAAGAGGGCGGAAGCCCCCGCUUCGGGAAGCUCCACCUCCCCGUGGGCUUGUGGAUCAAUUCUCCCAGGAAGCAGCUGGCCAAGCUGGGACGCCGCUGGCCUAGCGCCGCCUCUGUUAAGUCUUCUUCCUCGGACACGGGGAGCCGCAGCAGCGAGCCGCUGCCCCCGCCGCCGCCGCACGUGGAGCUGCGGCGAGUGGGCGCGGUCAAGGCGGCCGGCGGAGCCUCCGGGAGCCGCGCCAAGCGCAUCUCCCAGCUCUUUCGGGGCUCGGGGACCGGGGCCACGGGGUCCGGCGGCGCGGGAGGCGCCGGGACUCCGGGGGGCGCUCAGCGCUGGGCCAGCGAGAAGAAGCUGCCUGAGCUGGCCGCGGGCGUGGCCCCCGAGCCCCCGCUGGCCGCCCGCGCCACGGCACCCCCGGGGGUCCUCAAGAUCUUCGGCGCCGGGCUGGCGUCGGGCGCCAACUACAAGAGCGUGCUCGCCACUGCGCGCUCCACGGCACGCGAGCUGGUGGCCGAGGCGCUGGAGCGCUACGGGCUGGCGGGGAGCCCCGGCGGGAGCCCAGGCGAGAGCAGCUGCGUGGACGCCUUCGCGCUGUGCGACGCGCUGGGCCGGCCCGCGGCGGGCGGCGUGGGCAGCUGCGAGUGGCGGGCGGAGCACCUGCGCGUGCUGGGCGACUCGGAGCGUCCGCUGCUGGUGCAGGAGCUGUGGCGAGCGCGGCCCGGCUGGGCGCGCCGUUUCGAGCUGCGCGGCCGCGAGGAGGCGCGCCGCCUGGAGCAGGAGGCCUUCGGGGCGGCGGACAGCGACGGCACGGGUGCCCCCUCGUGGCGGCCGCAGAAGAAUCGCUCCCGGGCGGCGUCCGGAGGGGCGGCCCUGGCCAGUCCGGGCCCGGGGUCCGGGUCAGGGCCCCCCGCUGGGCCCGGGGGCAAAGAGCGCUCGGAAAACCUGUCCCUGCGGCGCAGCGUGUCGGAGCUCAGCCUGCAGGGUCGCCGGCGGCGGCAGCAGGAGCGCAGGCAGCAGGCACUUAGCAUGGCCCCGGGGGCAGCCGACACCCAAAUCGGACCUGCUGACCCUGGCGACUUCGAUCAGUUGACCCAGUGCCUCAUUCAGGCUCCCAGCAACCGUCCCUACUUCCUGCUGCUCCAGGGCUACCAGGACGCUCAGGACUUCGUGGUGUAUGUGAUGACGCGGGAGCAGCAUGUCUUCGGCCGGGGCGGGAACUCCUCGGCCCGUGGUGGGUCCCCGGCCCCGUAUGUGGACACCUUUCUCAAUGCCCCCGACAUCCUGCCGCGGCACUGUACGGUGCGUGCGGGCCCUGAGCCCCCCGCCAUGGUGCGCCCGGCCCGGGGUGCCCCGGUCACGCACAACGGGUGCCUCCUGCUGCGCGAGGCCGAGCUGCACCCUGGCGACCUGCUGGGGCUGGGCGAGCACUUCCUCUUCAUGUACAAGGACCCCCGCGCUGGGGGCUCGGGGCCCGCGCGGCCGCCGUGGCUGCCCACCCGUCCGGGGGCCUCCCCGCCAGGCCCCGGCUGGGCCUUCUCCUGCCGCCUGUGCGGCCGGGGCCUGCAGGAGCGCGGCGAGGCCCUGGCGGCCUACCUGGAUGGCCGCGAGCCGGUGCUGCGCUUCCGGCCCCGCGAGGAAGAGGCGCUGCUGGGCGAGAUCGUGCGCGCAGCAGCGGCCGGCGCCGGGGACCUACCACCGCUGGGGCCGGCCACGCUGCUGGCGCUGUGCGUCCAGCAUUCAGCCCGGGAACUGGAGCUGGGCCACCUGCCGCGCCUGCUGGGCCGUCUGGCCCGGCUCAUCAAGGAGGCUGUCUGGGAAAAGAUCAAGGAAAUCGGAGACCGCCAGCCAGAGAACCACCCUGAGGGAGUCCCCGAGGUGCCCUUGACUCCCGAGGCUGUGUCCGUAGAGCUGCGGCCACUCAUGCUGUGGAUGGCCAACACCACGGAGCUGCUGAGUUUUGUACAGGAGAAGGUGCUGGAAAUGGAGAAGGAGGCCGACCAGGAGGACCCACAGCUCUGCAAUGACUUGGAAUUAUGUGAUGAGGCCAUGGCCCUCCUGGAUGAGGUCAUCAUGUGUACCUUCCAGCAGUCUGUCUACUACCUCACCAAGACUCUGUAUUCAACACUGCCUGCUCUCCUGGAUAGUAACCCUUUUACCGCUGGGGCAGAGCUUCCCGGGCCCGGCGCCGAGCUGGCGGCCAUGCCUCCGGGGCUGAGACCCACCCUGGGCGUGUUCCAAGCAGCCCUGGAACUGACCAGCCAGUGUGAGCUGCACCCGGACCUCGUGUCUCAGACUUUCGGUUACUUGUUCUUCUUCUCCAAUGCGUCCCUCCUCAACUCGCUGAUGGAACGAGGUCAAGGCCGACCUUUCUAUCAAUGGUCCCGAGCUGUCCAAAUCCGGACCAACUUGGACCUCGUCUUGGACUGGCUGCAGGGGGCCGGGCUGGGCGACAUUGCCACUGAAUUCUUCCGGAAACUCUCCAUAGCUGUGAACCUGCUCUGUGUGCCCCGCACCUCCCUGCUCAAGGCUUCUUGGAGCAGCCUACGAACUGACCACCCCACGCUGACCCCUGCUCAGCUUCACCAUCUGCUCAGCCACUAUCAGCUGGGUCCUGGCCGUGGGCCACCACCUGCCUGGGACCCUCCCCCUGCAGAGCGAGACGCUGUGGACACAGGGGACAUCUUCGAGAGCUUCUCCUCCCAUCCGCCCCUCAUCCUGCCCUUGGGCAGCUCGCGCCUGCGCCUCACGGGUCCCGUGACGGACGACGCCCUGCACCGCGAACUGCGCAGGCUCCGCCGCCUCCUCUGGGAUCUUGAGCAGCAGGAACUGCCGGCCAAUCACCGCCACGGACCUCCCGUGGCCACGCCUCCUUGAGGACCAAUAACCAACGAGCGCGCGACCCUUGAAAAUUCUUCGGCUUCUGCUCCCUGGAGCCCGCCUGAGCUCAGGGCUCUCUGGGAGUUGUAGUUCUUUCCCCCGCGUGGCAUGCCGGGAGUUUGAGUUUUCGGGUAGUAGAGGAUGGGACAGUGGGAAGACGGGCUUGGGAGGUGAGGGCGAGGAGCAAGCAAUAAAGGUAUCUGUGGUGUUGGCA